AUGGUAGCACCGGCCAAUGAGCCGCCAGCUCUCCUGGGCGCAGACCCUACCAUCCAUGGUGAGGAUUCAAACGGCCAAUCCCAUGAUGCCUCUGGUCCAGGCUCCCCUCGCCCAUCAAUACGUACAGACGCGGACUGGGUCCUGUGGCAGCAAGUACUGGAGUCGGCAAAAGCCGUGUGCCUUGGUUCAGCGACUUCGCAAUAUGGACCGCCUACGCAGCAGGAUCAAGAGGCACCCGCCAGUGAUAGAGAUGCACAAGUCCUAGUGCUGGACGAAGUCAACAGGCUCGUAGCCCCCGACAACGUGUCCAGGCGGCGUCGUGCACCAGGGUUCGAAUGGCGGAGCAAAGUAGAGUGCGAAGGGUCCAAGGCUCUGGUCUUCUUCGGCGUCCUGCGCGAACAUAUCCUCCUCUUCGGCGACUUGAGUCAGCCCAGCUUGGGCGCGAAUACCGAGAGUCCCGACCUUUUCAACGACACUGCGAUGGACCAUGGUAACGAGCCGUCCAAGAAUCAAAAACGCGACGGAAAUACAUUGAAUAAUCGCCUCGCGCGCUUGCAAGCCCAGAUCCAUCACCACGAUGCUUCUUUUGCGCCAGGUUGUGACCCCUACAACGAGUACUUCACCGACGCGAUCGACUACCUCACGACAACCCUCGUCGAUGUGUUACCAGAGCCCGCUGACGACUACCGCAUGAAGCCAAUCCUGAUCGCUCUGGUGGCCAGGCUGGCAGCCAGACUCAAGCAGAUGAACCGACACCUGCGUCUCCCUCCGCCCGAGGUGCAGAAGAAACCCUCGAUUGCUCAGUUCUGCCGCGAUCUCAUUCCUUUGGCUUGUUGGGAUUGGUUAGGAUCAGCUCCCCUACUGAUUUGA